UUCGGGCAGACCUAUUCUUGCAGCAAGCUGUGUUGAUGGAGGUUUUCUUUCGGCGAUGUGUGAAUGUAGAAUGGGAUUUAACGGAGAUUAAUUCACCGUGACCCCGGUGCAGGUCUCCGAGCUCUCUGACUUCCUGGACUGCACUGAGACUAAUUAGAUCUAUUAUCUGAACUUCCUGGUCUGCAGUGUGACUAAUUAGAUCUAUUAUCUGAACUUCCUGGACUACAAGGGUUAUUAUUGAUGUCUGCACCUGGAGAAUAUUCUACACUUUGCCCAAGGACUACAGUUCACUUCAAGAACCGCUGAAUCCACAAUCUUCUGAAAAUGGUCCGAGAUAGGAUGGGUGAGAAGAUCUUGAAUCUCACCCUGGAGAUCAUCUACCUGCUGACUGGAGAGAAUUACAUUGCUGCAAAGGAGUCUAAAAAUAAGGUCGGGCACAUCAGCAGUCCCUGUGUGUCAGAAGAAUCCUGCAAGACCCAGAUCUCCAGCAUGGUGCCUCCAUCUCACUCCCUGAUACGUGAGAGGAACAAUGAAAAGAAGAUCCUGGAACUGACCAACCAGAUCAUCCAGCUGCUGACUGAAGAGGUUCCCAUAAGGUGUGAGGAUGUCACUGUCCAUCUCUCCAUGGAGGAGUGGGAGUAUCUAGAAGAUAACAAGGAUGUUUACAAGGACGUGAUGAUGGAGAAUCAUCAACCCCUCCGCUUAUUAGGUGAUUCCAAGGACAAGAGUGAAAGUGAUAACCCACCUGUUCCAGCUAAACGUGUAAAUGAAAAUAAUCAAAAAGCAAAACAGAAAAAGAAAUGUUUUAGGAUCAAUCACAGAAGAAAGAAACUGACUAAACCUGGGAGACGUGUAGGCAAUAAACCACUAUUACGUAAGGAAGGAAAUCUCAAAGACUCUUCUGAACAAAUGGAGACAGAACAUACCUCGAUCUACUUCAAAGAGGGGUCAGCCUCCUGUGUAGAGGGGGUUAUUGUAGACUCUGGCAUUUAUACACCCACAGAGCCUUUAUCUACUACAAGUGAGAAGGGCUUAGACUCCACAGAAGAAAUUAAUCACUCAAACACCGGAAUUCAGUCUGCAGAACAUCCACAUACAGAAUGUACAAUUCAAGUGAAAGAUGAAUGCUGCUUUCUCGAUGCAGGAAAUCUCACACCCGUGUAUAAUAAUACUUCCUCACGACACACACAAGCAGAAUAUCUAGCUAUUAAAGUCAAAGAGGAAUCUACCAUCUGCGAAGAAAGAAUGAGCAUAGUCCCAGUUAUUUGUACACCCACAGAUAAUUCACAGACAGAAUACACAUCUACUUAUAAAAAGGAGGAAUUGGGUCCAUGUGAAGGAGAUCUCAAUAGUACAGAUAUUUUUACAUGCUCUGAACAUGCACAGUCAGAUUAUAUAUCUACUAACAUAAAGGAGGAAUGUUGCUUUGAUGUAGAAGAAGAAAAUCUCAGACAUUUAUACCAGCUCACUGAGGAUACAUCUUCAGAUCCGAAUUAUCAAAGACCUCUCCCAUCGUCCUUUGGGAAACGGUUCAGCAAGAACUAUUUGAAUAAACAUUUGUUACUUUUUGCAGAAGAGAAACCCUUUUUUUGUUCAGAGUGUGGAAAAUCUUUUCGACAGGAGCAGUAUCUUGCUAUACAUCAGAGGAUUCACACAGGAGAAAAACCGUACUCUUGUUCCGUCUGCGGGAAGUGUUUUAUCCGCAGGUCAUAUCUCAAUUUACACGAGAGAAUUCACAUAGGAGAUAAACCAUUUUCAUGUUCUAAGUGUAAGAAGUCUUUUAAUAGGAAAUCAACUUUGAAUAGACAUCUGAAAAUUCACACAGGGGAGAAGCCAUUUUCUUGUUCAGAAUGUUGGAAAAGUUUCACCCAGAAGUCAUCCCUUGUUACCCAUUGGAGGAUUCACACAGGUGAAAAACCAAUUGCAUGUUCUCAAUGUAAAGUUUGUUUCAGAGAUGCAUCAGGUCUUUAUAGACAUAAUUUCAUCCAUGCCGGAGACACCCCACUUUCUUGUACAGAGUGUGGAAAGUGUUUCAAUCAGAAACCAGCUUUUAAAUCACAUCAGAGGAUUCACUCAGGAGAGAAGAAAUAUUCUUGCUCAGAAUGUGGGAAAUGCUUUAUUCACAAAUCACGUCUUCUCAGACACCAAGUGAUUCACACAGGAGAAAAAACGUUUGCUUGUUCUGAAUGCAAAAAGUUUUUUAGCAGUGAGUCGAGCCUUUAUACACAUCAGAAGAUUCACACGGGAGAGAAACCAUUUUUUUGUGGUGACUGCGGUAAAUGUUUUGGUCAGAAAUCUCAUCUUGUUGUACAUCAGAGGAUUCACACAGGAGAAAAAACAUUUUCCUGUUCUGAAUGCGGGAAAAGUUUUAGUCAAAAGUCCCAUCUUGUUGCACAUUGGAGGAUUCACACAGGAGAGAAGCCAUUUUCAUGUUCAAACUGUGGGAAAUGUUUUGGGACGAAGAACUCUCUGAAUAAACACAUGAAAAUGCACACGUGAAAAAAGAGAAACGAAUUGGUAAAGCUGUGAAAAACUGUUCAUUUGGACAGGUUAUAGCAAGGACAUCACCUAAAAAAACCAAAACUUUAAUUUACAAAAUAGAGCAUAAUUAUUUUUUAUAUAUUGUGUUAACAUUUUCAAAACCAGAUCAGCAGUAUUUUUAUUUGGUAGUAUUACUAGUAUUAUUUUAUUUAUUUUUGUCAUGUUUAAAGGCAAACUCUUAAUGUUAGAAAUAUGAACACCUAUUUUUAAUGUUAAAGUUUAUUGCUUUCAUUUAGCUUUAGGGCUAAACUGGAGCUCCCAUACUCAGUCUUUAUAUUACCUUUAGUUCCCCUCACUUGUAUAACAAUCUCCUUUUUCAUGAAAACCAAUACAUUACAAUCAGCAUCUCCUUAUAGAGCUGC